AUGCACCCAUUCUCCGUCCUCACACUUGGCAUCUUCGUAGCUGGGUACAUCACCGCUCGCUGGGAUCUCGUCACCCGCUUGUAUGAACUGGCCAUCUUUGCCUGGGACAAAGGUGUUAUUGUGCGCCUCCCCCAUGCCUCUGCUCCUGCGCAGUGCAUGACUGACAGCAUUGCANNGACUCGCUCGUUGAAGGCUUUCCUGGCCCUUAGCAUCUUCUUCAUCGUCCUGAUCAUCCCUAUCGAGCGCAUAGCUGCCCGAGAGAGCGAUAUAACCUUCAUGAUCGCCCCCAAUGGCUUGAUGCGCAUCUUCUGGCCUACCGACCUUGUCCGUUCCGACAAAGCAGGCGUCAUUGUAGGAUGGAGGAACUCGGAUUUGGACAUGGUCGUUGUGACCGUCUUGUCCGAGGUUGAUGCACACAACGUCGACAAUGCUCUUCGAAGGGGUGUCCUCUUUCGCGGCAGUCCCCAUUCCAUUGACCGUAUCAUCGACAGGUGUGGUCGCUUGCCACUGCAGGUUCUAGGAACGUUGAACCCGGAGCGCGCGCCUUCCCUCACAUUCAAUCCCUCGUCCAUCCAGGUCUACUACAAUCCCCGCUCUACAAUCCCUCAAGUGCAUUGCCCUGGCGAACCAUCCAUUUCACUGCAGGUCGUUACCUUUGACCGACCCAAUCCCUAUCGCAUGCAAUACCUAUCCCUCGCGCCCAUCUCUCUAACUCUAUCGGACGCACAAGCAAGAGCAGGCAGGACACAAGUCGGAGGCUUUGGUGCCGAAGAGAGGGCCGACAAAGCGCGAAAGCAGCAGCUGGUCGACAAGUUGCGCAUGCACACUGUUGUCCAUCAUGCCCGCACCUCCAAGGAGACUGCUCUGCCCGUCAUAUUGAACCAGAUCAAUUGCUCGUACGAGAUUGACGAGUUAAUGCGAAAGAAUAUCGGCUUCGUUGGUCAGCGUACGAAACGCAGCAUGAGCGUGAGCGAGCGCAUGGCUGAGUCGGCCGCCGACCUCUGGGACUACACUCGCUAUGGUAUACACCACGCCUUCUUCGCCUAUGUAUAUCCGGUCAUUACUCAGUUGCUAGUGCUGGCUUUGGUUGGUCAUCGUAUUGCUGGUGAAGCGUGGUUAAAGAUUCUCGAAUGGCGACCUAUCCCUGAUGCCGCCGCUCUCAAAGACAUUUCGGCUACCGCGCAGCAAAUCGACAUUCGUCUGCAGCAGUUUUGUUACUGGCCAAUUCAGUACCUCACAUUGCGUAAGCGACGCACCGAUUGGGGCAGCGUCACAAACAGCCACCCCGAGUACAUUCGUUUCUACAACAGUCUUUGGCUCGUCGCAAACGACAUAAUCAUUGGAAUCGCCAUUGGCUCGUACAUCAUCGAAAAUUCGGACUACGUCGCAGGUCAAGUCGAGUCUAUUGUCGACUCUUGGUUCAUCGAUGGUCUUCAACGCAUGAUUUGUUGGCUGAUGGAUUAUCCUGCUGGUCUUAAACUCAAUGGAGACUUGGCGCAGUUUCUUGGUGAUCUCUUCCUCUGGAUCAUUGACUACUGGGCUGAAUGUAUGACAAACAUACGACCUCUGCUUCCUCAUGUCAUCCAGGUCAUAGGCUUCUCGAGCUUUGCUGGCGCAAGCAUGCCCAUCUCACUCUUCUCAGAUUUACUUUCCAUUUUGACGAUUCACGUUUACGCNUUUUACAUCGCCUCGGCUCGCAUAUACAACUGGCAGCUCACCAUAAUAGUUUCUCUCUUCCAUCUCUUUCGUGGCAAGAAACGAAACGUCCUCCGAAACCGCAUCGACUCGUGCGAUUACGACCUUGACCAGCUGCUCCUGGGUACGAUUUUAUUCACGCUUCUAACGUUCCUGCUUCCUACAAUUGGUGUCUUCUAUGCAACUUUUGCUGGCGCGCGUAUGGGCAUAAUUGCUUUCAAAGCUGCUUUGGACACAUGGCUGGCUUGCUUGAACCAUUUCCCUCUUUUCGCACUUAUGCUGAGGAUCAAAGAUUCUCAGCGACUACCAGGUGGCAUUCGUUUUGAACUUCGUGAUACCCCCUCUGCAUUCGAUUCUUCUCGUCAACAUGGUUCUACAAGCCCCGACGUUGCACCCACUGCGCAUAUACAGCUACAGGUAUUGAGCCUUGCCCAGCGUCCAGGCGAUCUGGUUACUAACAUGUUACAGUCGGUGCCUCUGCCUUUUUCAGAAACUUUCUCUCAGUAUGCACAGCUCGCAUAUCGCAUUCGCAAACACUACCUCUCACCUAGUGUGUUCCUGUGCCUUUUCACAGGCCGUUUUGUUCCGCCAAUUCAUCGCAAGAGUUUGUACAGUCUUCAGUAUAGUAUGCUUCCAGCAAAACGGAUCCCAAUUGCAGAAUUGUGGAGGAAAUUGAUGGAUGGAGAUGGAGCGCAAAAGCCCCAAGUCAAUGGUAAUGUUAGCUCAUCUCUAGGUCGGAGAGGUCAGAACAAGAAAACACCGGGCCAUUGGUGGAGCAAAUGA